AGUUAGGCCACGAACGUGUCCAACAAUAGACUUCCUACAGUUGUAGAUUGUUCUGCAUAGUAGCAGUUGUGAAUCCUUGUGGAAUUGUCGUGUGGCGCUAUCCAUUGGCUCUGGCUUCUACAUCGAUAAAGCUAAUUUUUACUGGAGAAAUAAGAACGUCGGAUUGACAAGAGGCAACAAUAGAUACGAUACGGCGAGUAGAAGGUGAUGUGUGAUCAUUGAGAUACGCUCGAGUAUUCAAAAACGUAGUGACCUACAUAGUGUACCCACAUUAAUAUUCAAACUUUUAUAACUUUAUAUCAAAAUAUUAUACCACUCAAGAACUCACAGUGUAUAAGAGUGACUCUGCGGGUGCAGCAUUUUCAGUAUACUCUAAAUCAUAAGUAAAAUACGAAAUAGUCGAAUUGAAAUAAAAUUGUUUAUAUUUAUAAAAAGAAAUAAGGAUGUGGGAAUUUUCGGUUGUCGAUACAAAAUUCUUGUCAAUGUUUGGCGUUGGCAUUUGUAGUUUCCUUGUCGGAAUUGCACCGGCUUGCUAUAUAUCUUGUUGCAACGACAAUAGCAACCAUACUCAUCAACAUCGACCAGGGAUAAGACUACUUCUCUCAUCGCUCUUAUGUUUUGGUGGUGGUGUAUUGCUGGCGACGUCUUUACUUCACAUGUUACCGGAAGUCAGAGAGUCGCUUCCGCACGAGGCGGAACUGGUCUACGCCAGUGGGUUUCUCUUCUUGUACUUUGUCGACGAGGUGGUGCACUGGUUCAGUCGGGAGAAAAGUAACACUACCAGGUCAUCGUAUUCAACUAGAACAGUUCUAAAGGAACAACAAGCUGAAAUAAAUGCUAGAAGAAGAGAAGCAGAAAGUAAAGGAGUCCCAGGAUGCACUGACUGCGCUCAUGAUUAUCAAGUUCUUCCAAAGCCUUUUGAAUUCAAUAAUCAGAACAAUUACAAUGGAAUCAAAUUCGAACCAUCAGCACCGAUGUAUCGUAGAACCAGAUACGGAAGCAUUGAAAAUAUGCAUAUCACAGAUAUCGCUGGUGCUGCUGACACCAUUGAUAACACUGGUCAUGAUGAUACUUUGCUAUGCCACGGAAACCAUGACGAACCAUGUGCCACAACUACGCAUACUGGUCUCAUUGGACUCUUAGUGGCCUUGACACUACAUGCCAUUUUGGAAGGACUGGCUAUCGGUUUGCAAUUAACUGUCAGUGAGGUACUGCUACUUGUUGCGACAGUAGCAUCUCACAAGCUCGUUGUCGGUUUUUGUCUGGGUAUGGAAUUGGCCGGAACUCUCAACUCUGUGAUUAAGCAAGUUUUGGCAAUAUCCUUUUUCUCUGGCGGAUCUUCGUUAGGCAUCGGUGUGGGUAUGCUGGUCUUACGGAUAAACAAAGCCUGGAUGAAUGUUGUGAUACCAAUAUUACGUGGCUUAGCCGGCGGAAGUUUACUGUAUGCUACUGUCAGCGAAGUACUUCCUAGAGAACGUGCCAGAUGGCAUUCCGUUCCUGGUCAUGCAUCAGCUGGUAUCAUUCAAUUUCUCUCUGUGCUCGGCGGAUUUUUACUUAUGUAUUUAAUCAAUAAUUUCAUGAUCGAAUGAAGUACGAUGUUAUGCAAUUAUAUCGCGUGGUAUACCA